AUGGGGUACGGUGGUCCGCGGGUGGAGUUCUACACCGCCAACCAGUACAGCAACUUCGCCUCCGCCAUCGAUCGGGAAAAUGCGGCGCGUGUGCGGAGUAUCGUGCACAGACGCAGCUGGUCAGCAGAGCAGGAGGCUCAGCGCCAGCGCGAGGCAGCCUUCCGCGCGUACGAGCGGGCGCAGGCCGACGAGGUUGCGCGCGUACGCGCCGAAGAGGCCGAGGCGCUCGAGCAGCGCCGCCUCAAAGACGAGCGAGCGCUGCGGCGCCUAGCGACCAAGACGCGUCGUCGCUCCCUCACUGCCGCCGAGGUCGCCUCGCGUCGCUCGCGACACGCCUGCCUUUGCCGCCUCGCUGAGCCGCGCAAGUACCAGGAGGCAAUGUAUGGCAGCGGCAUGAUUGGCGGUGCCAUGCCGCACCAGAGCGGACGCGACGGCAAGCUGCCUACGGUGGGACGCAACGGUGCCGUUUACUGCGCCGGUGUGGAUCGCGACCGCAUCGUCCCAUCGAGACCGGUACUUGAGGGCACGGUGCCUCCGUGGAUGGGCAGCUACAGCACUCACCACGGCCCCCAUAAACUGGAUGCGCAGAUGGCGAAGGAGGCUGCGGCGUACUAUUGCGCACACCCCGCACCUCCGCGAAGCGCUAGUGAGCAGGACAUGCGGCAGAAAACGCUUCAGAGCAUUGCGGCAGAGCACUCGGUGGCGACUCAGCAGGACGGCCCUGACGUCGGCAUUGCGGACGCAUCAGGCGAGAAGGGAAGGAGCAGUGUGGGGGACGCGGAGCAGUGGCAUCGCAUGGGCCCAGACUCCGUAGAUGACGAGGCGGUGUCCAUCUUCAGCCACGGCUCCUCGAACGAACCCAUCGCCGCCACUGGCAACAUGCACCUGAGCACCAUCUCCACCAAGCACAGCGUUCAGCUGCACCUUAACCGCUAUGGUGGUGCCAUGACAGCGCCGCGGCCGCCGCGGUCUUCCAAGGCGGUGUCGGAGAACUUGACGCUGCCCGAACUAGCCGGCCGCCUUGUGUUCAUACAGAUGUCUAAGUCCGUAGCGCGAUAA